UACCUGUGGAUCAAGUUUGAAAACAAAUAUGGCGGAUUUUCAUUUACCAUAAUAGUCAGUGAAUUCAAACUCUUUUAGAUAAAAAAAUACAUACGAAUCUUCAGAAAGAAGGCAUUCAAAAAGUAUGCUCAUUCUUAAAAGGAAUGAUAAGGAAGAUUCCAAUCCCUCAUUUCAGCCAGAAAGAAUUGAACUUACAAAAUCAACGACAAGAAUCGGCCGAAGUGCUGAACACGCAGACAUCGUCAUGGACAGUAAAAUAUCRCCUCGUAUGAUCAGUAGACUACAUGCACAGAUUACUCGAAUGGAUGACCAGUACUUCAUAUCCUGUACUGGUAUGAAUGGUAUGCUGAUCAAUUCGGUUAAACGAAAGAAAUCAUUGCUAAAAGAUGGCGAUGUUGUUGUGUUCGGAGGUGCUGGGGUACAGACGUCUGAGGGCAGUGUAAUUUCAAAGCUACAGUCCGAGCUGGUUUAUGUCUUUCGGUCUCAAAGAAACACUAUUGAAGAGAAGAAAGAUGACGAGAAAAUACAAAAUAAAGAACUAAGGGAGAAUGCUUUUUCUACAGAUGAACUCCCAGUUGUUGAUGCUUACAGAAAUAGAAAAAAAUCUUGUAAGACAAGGAAGGGCUCAGACAAACAAGAACAAGGCAAUGAAAAAAGAGAUCCUAAAGAACAUAGAAAAAAAUCUACAUUUAUAUCAGAUGUGGCUGAUGAGUCCUCACCCGGUGAAGGAACGAGUGAUGGCAGUGUUUUGAAAAGAAAGAAAAAAAGUUUUCCAAUACAUUAUUAUUUCAAUGAUGUUGACAAGAAUGAUGAUGAUUGUAAUAAAAGUGGUUUCACUAAAAUGCCUUCACAAAAGAAGAGGAACUCAAGUCAGAGUCCAAAUGAAUCAUCAUUAAGUGAUGACGCAAAGGAUGUGAUGGCGGUGAAGAGAAAAAAGAAAAGAUCUGCACUGCCUUUUGAUUCUGAUGAUGACAGCAUUAAUUCGCCAGUCAAGAAAUUACACAAGACUGAUUCAUCAACUAGUGAGAUUGAAAAGGAAAACACCAAAGAAAAGUUAAAGCCAGAAUUCAAUGACAAAGAGUUCCUUGAUGACCUUAAUGAGGAAUUGCUGUGCUGUAUUUGCCGAGAGCUGCUUGUCCUUACACAUGCUCUUCCUUGUUCUCAUACCUUCUGUUAUGAAUGCAUUAGAGACUGGUUACGACAGGGACAAGAUUGCCCAAGCUGUAGAGCCAAAGCAUCAUUUGAUCAUCUGGUUCCUGUCAAGGUACUGGAUAAUACUGUCGAUAAAGUCGCUUCAAGAGUACUGAGCCCUGAACAGCUUAAUGAACGGAAAACAAGAAUCCAAGAAUUACAAGACAAAAUCAAUGGAAGAAUGGAUGCAGACUCGGAAUUGAAAGCAGAAUAUGGACAUGUGCACAGUCAAAAAGAGCAUUGUGAAAAGUGCAACUUGCCCAUCUCAAAUAGGUUACUGCGCUGGGUGCUCAUAUUCCCCCAAACGUCAUCCACAGCCUAUUAUCAUUUCAAAUGUUUCAAGCCACCUCAAAGCCUUACGAUAAGUCAAAUCAAAAUUGCUAAUGGUUUGUCCAAAACAGAUAUGAAAAAAAUUAGAACCCUUAUCAAAUCAUGACCAGGUCAUUGACUAUUUACAUUAAUAUAAUAUUUGAUAUGAAUUGUUUUCUUGAAUUUUGUUUUUGGCCUCUAAUAUUGUCAUAAACAAAAUAGCUGUUUAAUAUAGUCUCUUUUGGAGGUGUAAAUUUUUCCAAUUUUGAAUCACAUGUCAUUCCCUUGAGUAUCAUCAUUCUUCAUUUUGAAGGUGGACUAGAUAGCAUGAAAAUCAUCUAAAUUUUAAUUAAGCUGAAACUUUACUGGAAAUAUAACCCUUAAAGUUCUGAUAAUCACUGGCGAAAAUUGCUCAAACUUGGAUUCAGCUGAAACUUGAAGAAUACUCUUUAAAGAUCCAAUAAUCACUGCAUGGAGUGUUUUCUUGAUAUUCAGGACGAAAGUAUGAUAUUUUUACGAUUAUUUUUUGGAGUCUGUGACAUCAUACACUCAACAUGUUGAUUGUAUGACGACCCUUAAAGAUUAUUCCAUUGAAGUUUCAGUCAAAUUAAGUUUCUCUGAAGAUUUUCGUGCUAGUCCCCUUUAACCAUUUCAAAUGAAAAGAAAUAUGAAUAUGGAUUCAUUUCAAACAAAGAAUUUUAUUCUCAAGAGAAUGAGAUGGGGUCAGAGAUGCGGUCCUUCUGCAUUUACUGCAAACGUAUUGUAUUCUUUCUUAGCUUCGAGUUUCUAUUUUAUAACUUGGGGUCAAGUACCCAAAGAAGGAGCCCAGAAAUGGAAAAACUCACGCCUAAGCUAAAAGCAUCUAUUGCUUAAUUGUAGUCUAUAAAAAGUCAUUUUUAUGUAAAUAACAGUUGUAAUAACUAUGAAAUUAAUUGCAGUCCAUAUGAGUGUAUGUACUUUACUGUGCAUGAACUAGAUUUUAUAAUGUAUAUAUUGUAUAAGGCAAUGGGUAUAUUAAUAAAUGAGGGAAAGGAAA